AUGUUAUCCAAAGGUGCGCUGGCUGUCGCGGUCUCGGCGAUUGUCGUAGAGGCAAUCGACAAUGGCCUUGCUAGAACCCCGCAGAUGGGAUGGAACAACUGGAACUCCUUUGGUUGUGACGUCUCUGAGCAUCUGCUGCUCGACCACGCCAAGCUCAUCACGGAGUAUGGCCUUCAAGACUUGGGGUAUGAGUAUGUCGUGCUGGACGAUUGCUGGUCCGAUGGGCGUGACAGCAAGGGCAAGCUCAUUGCAGACAAGAACAAGUUCCCGCGUGGAAUGGGUGCUGUCGCGGAUGAUUUGCAUGCGCAGGGCUUCUUGUUCGGCAUGUACUCGAGUGCUGGCGAACUGACUUGCGCGCGAUAUGCGGGUUCGUUGGAUCACGAAAUGGAUGAUGCACAAAGCUUUGCGGAUUGGGGUGUUGAUUACCUCAAGUACGACAACUGCUACCACAUGGGUCGCUUCGGCACUCCUCUCAUUUCAUUCGAGCGUUUCAACAAGAUGGCGGAGGCUCUCAAGGCCACCGGAAAGAACAUCUUCUACAGUCUUUGCAACUGGGGUGAAGAUUAUUCCUACAGCUGGGCGGCAUCCAUUGGUAACUCAUGGCGUAUUUUCGGUGACAUCUACGAUUCUUUCGCUCGCCCGGACGAUCUUUGCUCUUGCAACGAUCCCGCCAACCCGGCUUGCAUUGCCCCUGGCACCCACUGCUCUGUGCUCGCCAUCAUCAACCGUGUCGUGCCAUACAUUGACCGCGGUCUUCCCGGUGGAUGGAACGAUCUUGACAUGCUCGAGGUCGGCCACGGUGGCCAGACCGAGGAAGAGUACCGAGCUCACUUCACGAUCUGGGCGGCUCUAAAGGCCCCCCUUCUGCUCGGCACUGAUCUUCGCAAGUGGUCAGGCUCUGACCUUGCCAUUGUCACCAACCCUGCCGUUAUCGCCAUCAACCAGGACCCCCGAGGCCGCGCCGUCCAGCGUAUCCGACGCAACUUCAACGUCCCCAAGGACGAGUGGGGCGUUGGCGAGACUCACAUAUGGAGCGGCCCUCUCGCCAACGGAGACCAGAUCCUCAUCUUGCUCAACUUCGCCGACGAGGAUCUCGACAUGGGCGCCACCCUCGAGGAAAUCUUCCUCACCAACGGUGUCGGCGGUACUGCUCCCCAGAACAAGCAGGACUGGGCCGUCCACGACCUUUGGGGCAAGACCGGCGGCGCCAUGAGCAACGAAGAUGCCCAGUCCAUCCUCGACACCGACAGCGCCGAGGGACGGAGGCAAAAGUUCCAGAAACUGGGGUGGUACAACUCCACCGAGCUUUCCUAUGCCGAGGGCUUGAAGCGCGAGGACCCCCGGUUGUUCGGCGAGCGUGUUGACACCAUCAAGUCUGGUGGCCGCCUUGACGUACGCGUGCCCCGACACGCUGGCAAGGCUUUCCGCCUGCGUAGCUUGAGCGGCGAGAAGAUUAAGCAGAAGAGCCACCUCAAGAAGGAUGAGCUGUAA